GACCGGAAGAGGAGGGCAGCGCCGCACAACAGCUCCGCAGGGAAGACAGAGGGGAAACGGGAACGCAGGGGAGAGGGUAGCUGAACUGACAAGUGGGCACUGCGACCGAGCCUCAUCUGCGUGCCAGCAAAGGAGAUUCGUCUCGAAGAGGCGGGUGGAGCCGAGGCCCAUCCCGGGCAGUGCGUGCAGGAGUCCCGCCGAGCCGGCAGGAUGAGCCAGCAGGGAGCGGCGCUGCAGACCUACAACAACGAGCUGGUCAAGUGUAUCGAGGAGCUGUGUGCGAAGAGGGAUGAACUGAACAGACAGAUCGAGCAGGAAGAGGAGGAGAAGGUUCGGCUCCAGAAUGACAUCCGCAUCCUGACCGAGAAGUUGAGCCGUGUCAAUGAGAGCCUGGCGCGCAAGCUGGCCUCACGCAAUGACUUUGACCGCACCAUCGCUGAGACUGAGGCCGCGUACAUGAAGAUCCUGGAGAGCUCCCAGACUCUUCUGAGUGUGCUGAAGAGGGAGGCAGGGAACCUGGGCAAAGCUGCUGACCCACGGAAGGCACACAAGGACCACUGAUGCCACCACCCAGCCCCCCAGAGGAGAGAGUCGAGCCCUGCAGCACCAGAGCCCGUACUGGGCUCCCGCGAGUCUGGAAAUGCCCCUGCUGUGGCCUCCGUGCUGACAGAGAGACUGUAGAUCAUCUGUAGUUGCAAUCAAACUGUUCUGAGUUUCAUGCACCAAUCUUUUGUAUUUCUUUUCUAAAAUAAAAUAUACAGAUUUUAAUAAAUACUUCUACAGAA